CUGGCUAUGGUCUAUCUCGCUAGAGUAUAUCUAAAUUUUAAUUAUCAGAAAGUGAGUGAGGUUUAGUAUAACUAGAGUAUUUUAAGGUGUAAUCUUAUGUGGACAGGGUUUUCGAAUCGUCGGUAAAAAUUAUUGUAAUAACAUGCCUCUUUUUGGUAAGUCUCAAAAGAGCCCUGCAGAGCUCGUGAGAUCCUUAAAAGAUGCUGUUACGGCCUUAGAGAGAGGUGAUAAGAAAGCUGAAAAAGCCCAAGAAGAUGUUAGCAAAAACUUGGUUUUAAUAAAAAACAUGUUGUAUGGGACGUCUGAUGCAGAGCCACAGACUGACAUCAUAGUAGCCCAGCUAGCGCAGGAAUUGUACAACACCAAUCUUCUUCUCUUGCUGAUACAAAAUUUGAACCGAAUCGACUUCGAAGGGAAGAAAGAUGUAGCUCAAGUGUUCAAUAAUGUUUUAAGACGUCAAAUUGGGACCCGCUCACCGACUGUUGAGUACAUUUGUACUAAGCCUGAAAUAUUGUUCACCUUGAUGUCUGGGUAUGAACAUCAAGAAAUUGCAUCGAACUGUGGCACCAUGUUACGAGAAUGUGCCAGAUACGAGGCCUUAGCCAAGAUCAUGUUAUAUUCAGAUGACUUUUAUAAUUUCUUCCGUUAUGUAGAAGUUUCAACUUUUGAUAUUGCAUCGGAUGCCUUUUCUACUUUUAAGGAAUUGCUAACAAGACAUAAGAUGUUAUGUGCCGAAUUUUUAGAAGCAAACUAUGAUAAGGUGUUUAGUCACUAUCAGCGGUUGUUAAAUUCCGAGAACUAUGUGACACGACGGCAGAGCCUGAAGCUGCUCGGGGAGUUGUUGCUGGACCGACACAACUUCUCUAUAAUGACUCGCUACAUCACCAACCCUGACAAUCUCAAGCUUAUGAUGAACAUGCUUAAAGAAAAGUCACGUAAUAUACAAUUUGAGGCCUUUCAUGUUUUUAAGGUAUUUGUAGCGAACCCCAAUAAGCCGAAGCCAAUAUUGGAUAUUCUGUUAAGAAAUCAAGACAAGCUAGUAGAGUUCCUAACAAAAUUCCACACGGAUCGUUCGGAAGACGAGCAAUUCAACGACGAGAAGGCUUAUCUUAUAAAGCAAAUCAAAGAGCUUAAACCUUUAGAGCACUAACAUUUAUUGCAUUUUAUUAUUGCCACUUCCUCCUCAGAAAGAAGUUAGUUUUAGAUGCUAUUAUAUUUAAACGCUUCUAAGUGACGGAGAUGAGCGAGGACAUCACCACUCACUAACAAACAUUGCUAUUCUGAUGGAUUCUACGUUCGGUCUGUGAUGAGUCAGGGAAGAAAGUAUAUUUGUGCUACGAGCAAAUUAACAUUUGUAGGGAUUAGCGUUAUUUAAAUGGUUUCACUUAUGUCUUUUGUAAGUUGUUAAAACCAUUUUAUUUUUUUUUAGUUUUUAUGACGUGUUUAGUGACAUCCCUGAAGUCACGUUACAAAUAAUAAUAUAAUUAUAUCACAAUUACUUG